AGUAAGCUGACCGUGCCACCUGUAGCAGCACCCAGGGAGCUGGGGGUUAAGGGCCUUGCUCAAGGACCCACAGACGUGCUGAGGCUGGGUUUGAACCGACCUUGUGAUUACAGACUGUUUGGAUCAUUUUAACCAUUGUUGGUGGACAAAAUCUGGAAGCUGGUGGCUUGUGUCCAGGUCCUGUGAGAUAAUAAACAGACUGAAACAUGGCUAGACUCCAGUCACUUCAGAUGACCCUCCUGACCACACUCUACUGAGAAGCCUGCUCCAAUAGCAGCAAACAGUGCAGAUUUUUUUGGUUUUUGGUUCCAGUAUGCUGGGGGUCUAUGGGAGCUGAAGCCUGACCCAUUACACACCAGUCACCUAUUCUGACAAAUAAUAGCUUGUUCUGACUUGUCUGAUUGACAAAUAUAAAUGCACAACAACACCUGAUCAGGUCUUUUCAAUCACACCAAGACUGCAAGCGGAUGUGGAACUGCUCAAGAAUGUAUCCAGCAUGCAUGAGACAGUACUAUGGCAGCCAGCCUCACCUGAUCAAAUCACAAUCAAUGCAGAAGUUCACCUGUUUAUUCCUGCCUCCAGUCAAAAGCCCAUCAUAAAGCUGCUACAAAGAUAUGACAUCACACACAGGGUUUUGCUGGCAAACGCUCAAGAGCUGAUUGAGGCACAGAAAAGGAACUAUUCCACAGACCCCAGGAGCAGCACAUCUUAUUAUGAAAGAUACCAUCCCUUGGAGGAUAUCUAUCACUGGAUCAAUAAAACAAGUCGAGAAUAUUCCGAAAGGUUACAGGUCAUACUAAUCGGAUCAUCUGUUGAGAAACAACCUCUUUUUGUUCUGAAGCUGUCCGGUAAAGGACAUCAGCCUAAGAAAGCUAUUUGGAUGGACUGUGGCAUUCAUGCCAGAGAGUGGAUAUCCCCUGCAUUCUGCAUGUGGUUUGUUCAAUAUUCUGUCAUGUUUUAUAAUCAACAUUCUGACAUCACUGAAAUCCUGGAUAAAAUGGAUAUCUAUGUCCUACCAGUUAUGAAUCCUGAUGGAUAUAAAUACUCAUGGAUAGAGAACCGAAUGUGGAGAAAGAAUCGUUCCAGAAAUGUAGACAAUGCCUGUGUAGGGACAGAUCUCAACAGAAACUUUGAUGCAAACUGGUGCACUAAGGGAUCAUCGGAUAACCCCUGUGAUGAGACAUACUGCGGUAGAUUUCCAGAGUCAGAACCAGAAGCUGCAGCUGUGUCUAACUUCAUACGGAGCAGAAAGGAUCUGGUGAAGCUGUACCUCUCCAUCCAUUCAUACUCACAGAUGCUGAUCUUUCCAUAUUCAUGUUCCUAUCAAGAGGUCCCCAAUCACCAAGAACUCUAUGAGAUUGCACGGGAAGCAGCAAUGAAAAUCAAAAUACAUUACAAAAACAAUUACAAGUUUGGGGCUGGAGCAAAAUCUUUCUAUCUUGCUCCAGGUGGUUCUGAUGACUGGGCAUAUAAUCUUGGGAUUGAUUAUUCUUUCACGUUUGAGCUUCAAGACAAUGGCCGCUAUGGAUUCCUUCUCCCUCCGUCACAUAUUUCUAAGGCUUGCAGUGAAGCUCUUACAGCAGUGAAGAGCAUUGCCCUCAGUGUCAUCAAGAAAAGGCGUUUCAGCUAAAACUCUUCACAAAAAUUCAGAAUUAUUGAAAUGCUGUCAUUCUUUUUAAUAUAAUACUAUACUGUAUUGGCAAAGUCCUUCUACAUGUGAGAGGGAUAUGAUGUUGGGAACAACCAUUGAAAUUAAUUUUUCCAGUAUGUUAAAAUGGGAAAUAAAUCAUAAGCUAUACUCCUGUA